AUGCAAUCACUAUUGCAAUAUCACCGCCUCAAUCACAAAGUCCGAGAUGGAUACCAGCAUUGCCCAGAUACGACGGGCCUUCAUCACCUAGUCCAAGUAUCUUCUGGCUCCAGUGUCGUGUCCGUGCUGGCAGACGGAGAGGAUGGCACAGAUCCUCGUCGUUGGCAGCGCAUCCGUCGAAUACGAGCGACAGUCAUUGUCUGGCUGCUUGUCUUUUCUCAAGGUAUCUAUCUCCAGAAAGUGUCUAGAAAUCAAGCCACCGGUGCCCUUCCAGUACUAUAGCUUGCUUCUCCUUGACGGAUGUACUUUCAACUGACUGUUUGCCGGCAGGAUGGGUCUCAACCUCUACCUCGAAAAUCACAAAGUCCGCAGCUCAUGAGUUCCAUGUUUUAACAACGAUGCAAAUGCUCGCGACGGCCCUAUUUAUGAUUGGUCUCGGAUUGGGUGCCCUUGUUGCCGGUCCUGUGUCAGAAACGAUCGGACGAAACCCGGUAUACCUAUCGUCGACGCUGCUCUUGCUUUCCUUCUGCCUUGGAACCGCAUUGUCGCCAAAUAUCGGCGCUGAAAUCACUUUUAGGUUCCUUUCGGGCCUUGCCAGCUCUCCAACCUUGAGCAUUUAUGGUGGAAGUUUGGCGGAUAUGUUUGACAAGCACCAGCGACGUUCUAUCUGGCCCGUCUUUGCUUUGGCUCCUUUACUCGGACCAUUAUCCGCUCCAGUCGCGAAUGCGUGGAUGAUUCAACAAGGCCUGAGCUGGAGAUGGUAAGCAUGAAUGCCAGGGAAGCGCCUCUUCCCGUCUGAAAUAUCUGCUGAUAAUCUACGUGGCGAUCUGCAGGCCACUUGAGGUUGCGUUGGCUUUUGCUGGAUCCGCAUUCUUGCUGGCGCUAUCCUUCUUACCUGAGACCUACAGUCCCAUUCUUCUGCUGUGGAAAGCUCGUUGCCUCCGUAAGGUCUACCGGGACGACCGUUUCGCGGCCCCCAUCGAGCAAGCUGAAGCUCUCCCGCGCAGACUCAAAAGGAACCUAAAACAGCCCUUCAACUUCUUUAGGUCAGAGCUCAUCAUCAUACUCUUGGGAGGCUACCUAAUACUCAUCCUAUUCAUCAACCUCAAUUUCUUGAGCGGAUUUGGGGUCAUCUUCUCGAAGACAUACGGGCUUUCCACUGGCACUGCUUCUCUCGCCUUCGUCAGUAUUGCUGGCGGAAUCUCCAUCGACGUGGCACUCACACCGCUGUAUAUUCGGCUCGCGAGAAGGAUCCUCUGGUCGAGAUUGAGGAUUUUCGUGAGCAAGAAGUAUUGGGACCGCGAGGAUACGGGCGUGGAAAAGACGUAUGCUGAGCUCAUCGCAUCACCACCGCCGGAAAUGUCACUGCUGAGGGCAUUCGUCGGCGCGCCGUUUCUACCUAUCUCCCUGUUCUGGCUCGGCUGGACGAACAAUCCUUCCAUUAGCCCAGCAUCUGGCUAUAUCGCCGCGACCGUGUAUGGAUAUUCUUUCUCGGCAAUAUUUCUCUCGGCCUAUCAGUACAUUAUCGACAGCUACGAGACCCAUUCUUCUUCGGCUCUUGGGAGUAUCACGACGGCCAGGUACCUCAUUGCUGGGCCAUUGUGCGUGGCGACAAAACCGAUGUACAAGGCACUCGGGGUUUCCUGGAGCCUGACGGUGGUUGGAACAAUUGGCUUAUUACUAGUGCCCGUGCCGUGGGCUCUGAUGAGAUAUGGGCACGUUGUCAGGCAGAGGAGUGCUGUGGCAAGGACUAUUGUUGACUGA